AUCUUCAUUUCAUUUUUGGAUUGUGCAUUGCAAUUGUAUAGAAAUACAAUUGAAUUUUGUAUAUUGAUCUUGUAUCCUGCAACCUUUCUGAACUUUUAAUUCAUUUUAAUAGUUUUUUAAUAGAUUCUUUAACAUUUGCUACAUACAAGACACAUUAUCUGCAAAUAGAGAUAGUUUUAUUGAUUCCUUUUCAAUUUGGCUGCCUUUUAUUUCAUUUCCUUGCCUAAUUGCUCUGGCUAGAACCUCCAGUAUAGUGUUGAAUAAAAAUGGCAAUAGAAAAUAUUUUUGCCUUAUUCCUAACCUUAGGAAGGUGCAUUCAGUCUUUCACCAUUAAGUAUGAUGUUAGCUUGGGUUUUCUGUAUAUGACUUUUCUCAGGUUAGGGAAGUUCCGUUCUAUUCUUAUUUUAUUGAGUGUUUUUAUCAUGAAGUUGUGUUGGAUUUUGUCAAAUGCUUUUUCUGCACAUUUUGCUGCUUUUAUUCUGUUCAUUCAGCUUAUUAUGUAAAUUGAUUUUCAGAUGUUAAGCCAACCUUGUAUUCCUGGGAUAAAUCUCACUUGGUUCUAGUAUCUGAUCUUUUUUGUAUAUUUCUGGAUUUGGUUUCAUUGAGGAACUAACAUUUAUUGAGCACUCACUACCUGCCAGGCAGUGUACAUGGAUUAGUUCAUUUAAAUUUCCAAGCCUGUGAGGUAGGAACUAUUAUUAUUCCCUGUAUCAAAGAUGAGGAAACUAAGGCUCAGAAAGUUUAUGUUACCUGCCCAGUGUCACAUAGCCAGGUAGUGGCAGAGUCAGGAUUCUAACUGAAGCCUUCUGGUUCACCAACAUGCUAAACCACCUGUCAAGUGUGUAUCAGUAGUGGAUGUGAGAUGAUUUUCAGAUGGUACCAAGUCUGUGUUUGUUUUCAUUGCUUUCAUUUUUUAUGGUUCCCUUUUGUUUAUGACAAGCGAUACUGCUUUUCUAUUUUUGAUUGUUCUAUAAAGCUUCCUUUUAAGUAUAUUUAUUAUGUUAAAAAAAGAGAGUGUUUGCUUAGAGAAAAAUAUUUAGUAAGUGACUAUACAGGCAGUUUAUGGAUAUGACUACAUAUUCCAUUUUGGUCUAAUUAUCUUCAUUAUUAAUAGUGAAGGAGAAGGAAUGGGAAAGCUAGACAUGAAGACAUGGCCAACUUGAGGUCAUCUCAUUUCUCCUAUACUAUUAGAGAUGAAGGCGUGUUCAAGCAUUCAUUCGUUAGAUAUUUGCUGAGUGCCUAGUCUGUCCAUGGCACUCUGCUAACGUCUCUGAGGCUUUAGGUGAUGGGUAAGAAAUUGUUCCUGACCUCAAGGAGCUUAGACGUGCAUGCAUUGUUCUAAUAUAGUUAGUGCUUUAUUUCAUGAGCAAACUCAGAUUGAUUGCCGGUGGCUACCUGAAGCUCUGAAUUGAGAAGGAUUCUGAGGCAGCCUGUGGACUCAGUGGAUAAUAAAAACACUAUCACUUAGCAAUGUUCGCCCUGGCGUGGGAGGUGAAAGAAGCAUUACUCAGGUCCCCUCGGAGGCAGGAAGUGUCAAAAGAGAGGUACUGCUAAUGAGCCCUUCAGAGUUUCAAGAAAGGAACAUAUUACUUCAUAGAGGGGAGAGAUUGUGAAGGACAGGUAAAAUGAGGACAUGCAGUACUAGAGGAAAGAAAUUUUAUUUCAUACACAACUUUACACAUAUUGAAGCUUAUCACUUUAAGUGUUCCAAUGUUAAAUAUCUGAACUAUUUUGAUGGUGUUCAUUCUAAAAUAUAAAUAGCUUUCUUGCUAUUUAUAUUUCUUUUCCCCCUUCUCCAUUUUAAAAAAUAAAAUAACUUGGACACAUAGUGAUACUUUCCUUGAUCUCUUGUAGUUAUUGGUAUGAAGUCAUUCAUUCAUCCACUUAUUGAACAAAUCUUUAUUGAAUUACACGUGUAUGCCAGGCACUGUGCUAGGAGCUGGGUAUGAAUUAGCACAGUUCCUGCCCUCAAGGAGCUUUUCAAACUUUUUAUUUUUUUAGUGAAGGAGAGAAAACAUGGGUAAACAGUAUAAUAAAUGUUAUAGGUGCCAUGAAAGACAGAGUGCAUUGGGUUCAAUGAAGACCGAAGGAGAAAGAAAGUGAUUUCAAAUGCACUGUGGGGUGUCAGAAAGGCAUCUUAAGGAAGUGAUCAUUUCUUUGGGUUCCUUUCAGCUCCAGGAUCAUUCUGGCACAGAAUGAAGUAUUUGUUAAGGGUUCUAAUGUUUACCGUGACAUGAAUGAUGCUUUUACAGGCUCUUGGACCGUGUAGAGUUACUUGCUCCCAUACUCAGUGGCCCUAAUUCCUAUGCCUGUAGGUUUUUCUCUCCAUCUUGUGUAGCUCCAUCUCUCCUCUCCACUUUCCACUGUGAGGCUUGCUGCUGUCAGUAUCUGGUCUGCUUCUAACCUGUGGAUUUAAUUUACAGAUUGGUAUGGGUAGUACCCUAAAGGUGACUUCAGGUGUCUGCUGUGAGGUAUGGAUCCCCACAGUCUGACCACUGGCACGGAAUAGGUAACCUGCAGCCAUGACAACUCACGUCACCUUAGAAGAUGCCCUGUCCAACGUGGACCUGCUCGAAGAGCUGCCCCUCCCUGACCAGCAGCCAUGCAUCGAGCCUCCGCCCUCCUCCAUCAUGUACCAGGCCAACUUUGACACGAACUUUGAGGACAGGAAUGCAUUUGUCACAGGCAUUGCAAGGUACAUUGAGCAGGCUACGGUCCACUCUAGCAUGAAUGAAAUGCUGGAAGAAGGGCAUGAGUAUGCGGUCAUGCUGUACACCUGGCGCAGCUGUUCCCGGGCCAUCCCCCAGGUGAAAUGCAAUGAGCAGCCCAACCGAGUGGAGAUCUAUGAGAAGACAGUGGAGGUGCUGGAGCCAGAGGUCACCAAGCUCAUGAAGUUCAUGUACUUUCAGCGCAAGGCCAUCGAGCGGUUCUGCAGCGAGGUGAAGCGUCUGUGCCAUGCAGAGCGGAGGAAGGACUUUGUCUCUGAGGCCUACCUCCUGACCCUGGGCAAGUUCAUCAACAUGUUUGCCGUCUUGGACGAGCUGAAGAACAUGAAGUGCAGUGUUAAGAACGACCACUCUGCCUACAAGAGGGCGGCACAGUUCCUGAGGAAGAUGGCGGACCCCCAGUCUAUCCAGGAGUCCCAGAACCUCUCCAUGUUCCUGGCCAACCACAAUAGGAUCACCCAGUGUCUCCAUCAGCAACUGGAAGUGAUUCCCGGCUAUGAGGAGCUGCUGGCCGACAUUGUCAACAUCUGUGUGGAUUAUUACGAGAACAAGAUGUAUCUGACCCCCAGCGAGAAACACAUGCUGCUCAAGGUCAUGGGCUUUGGCCUUUAUUUGAUGGAUGGAAAUGUCAGUAAUAUUUACAAACUGGAUGCCAAGAAGAGAAUCAAUCUUAGCAAAAUUGACAAGUUCUUCAAGCAGCUGCAGGUGGUGCCCUUAUUCGGAGACAUGCAGAUAGAGCUGGCCAGAUACAUUAAGACCAGUGCUCACUAUGAAGAGAACAAGUCCAAGUGGACGUGCACCCAGAGCAGCAUCAGCCCACAGUACAACAUCUGCGAGCAGAUGGUGCAGAUCCGGGAUGACCACAUCCGCUUCAUCUCUGAACUCGCUCGCUACAGCAACAGUGAGGUGGUGACGGGCUCUGGGCUGGACAGCCAGAAGUCAGACGAGGAGUACCGCGAGCUCUUCGACCUGGCCCUGCGCGGCCUGCAGCUUUUAUCCAAGUGGAGUGCCCACGUCAUGGAGGUGUACUCUUGGAAGCUAGUUCACCCCACAGACAAGUUCUGCAACAAGGACUGCCCGGGCACAGCAGAAGAGUAUGAGAGAGCCACGCGCUACAAUUACACCAGUGAGGAGAAGUUCGCCUUUGUAGAGGUGAUUGCCAUGAUCAAAGGCCUGCAGGUCCUCAUGGGCAGGAUGGAAAGUGUCUUCAACCAGGCCAUCAGGAACACUAUCUACGCAGCCCUGCAGGACUUUGCCCAGGUGACUCUGCGCGAGCCCUUGAGGCAGGCAGUGCGGAAGAAGAAGAACGUCCUCAUCAGUGUCCUGCAGGCAAUUCGGAAGACCAUCUGUGACUGGGAGGGGGGCCGAGAGCCUCCCAAUGACCCGUGCUUGAGAGGGGAGAAGGACCCCAAAGGUGGAUUCGACAUCAAGGUGCCCCGGCGUGCUGUAGGGCCCUCCAGCACACAGCUGUACAUGGUGAGGACCAUGCUGGAAUCGCUCAUCGCAGACAAAAGCGGCUCCAAGAAGACCCUGAGAAGCAGCCUGGAUGGACCCAUUGUUCUCGCCAUUGAGGACUUCCACAAGCAGUCCUUCUUCUUCACACACCUGCUCAACAUCAGUGAAGCCCUGCAGCAGUGUUGUGACCUCUCUCAGCUCUGGUUCCGAGAAUUCUUCCUGGAGUUAACCAUGGGCCGGCGAAUCCAGUUCCCUAUUGAGAUGUCCAUGCCAUGGAUUCUAACAGACCAUAUCCUGGAAACCAAAGAACCUUCCAUGAUGGAAUACGUUCUCUACCCUCUGGAUCUGUACAACGACAGCGCCUACUAUGCUCUGACCAAGUUUAAAAAGCAGUUCCUGUACGAUGAGAUUGAAGCUGAGGUGAACCUGUGUUUUGAUCAGUUUGUCUACAAGCUGGCGGACCAGAUCUUUGCUUACUACAAAGCCAUGGCCGGCAGUGUCCUGUUGGAUAAACGUUUUAGAGCUGAGUGUAAGAAUUAUGGAGUCAUCAUUCCAUACCCACCAUCCAACCGCUAUGAGACGCUGCUGAAACAGAGACACGUUCAGCUGUUGGGUAGAUCCAUUGACUUGAAUAGACUUAUCACCCAGCGCAUUUCUGCUGCCAUGUAUAAAUCCCUCGACCAGGCCAUCAGCCGCUUUGAGAGUGAAGACCUGACCUCCAUCGUGGAGCUGGAGUGGCUACUGGAGAUCAACCGGCUCACGCACCGCCUGCUGUGUAAGCACAUGACCCUGGACAGCUUCGAUGCCAUGUUCCGGGAGGCCAAUCACAACGUGUCUGCUCCCUACGGCCGCAUCACUCUGCACGUCUUCUGGGAGCUCAACUUUGACUUCCUCCCCAAUUACUGCUACAAUGGAUCCACGAACCGUUUUGUCCGAACCGCCAUUCCUUUCACGCAAGAACCACAAAGAGAUAAACCUGCUAAUGUCCAGCCUUAUUACCUCUAUGGAUCCAAGCCACUCAACAUUGCCUACAGCCACAUCUACAGCUCCUACAGGAACUUUGUGGGGCCCCCUCACUUCAAGACUAUCUGCAGACUCCUGGGCUACCAGGGCAUUGCUGUGGUCAUGGAGGAACUGCUGAAGAUUGUCAAGAGCUUGCUCCAAGGAACGAUUCUCCAGUAUGUGAAAACACUGAUAGAAGUGAUGCCCAAGAUAUGCCGCCUGCCCCGGCAUGAAUAUGGCUCCCCAGGGAUCCUGGAAUUCUUCCACCACCAGCUAAAGGACAUCAUUGAGUACGCAGAACUCAAAACAGACGUGUUCCAGAGUCUGAGGGAAGUGGGCAACGCCAUUUUGUUCUGCCUCCUCAUAGAGCAAGCUCUGUCCCAGGAGGAAGUCUGUGAUUUGCUCCAUGCUGCACCUUUCCAGAACAUCUUGCCUAGAGUCUACAUCAAAGAGGGGGAGCGCCUGGAGGUCCGGAUGAAACGCUUGGAAGCCAAGUACGCCCCACUUCACUUGGUUCCUCUGAUAGAGAGGCUGGGAACCCCUCAGCAAAUUGCCAUCGCUCGGGAAGGUGACCUGCUGACCAAGGAGCGGCUGUGCUGUGGCCUGUCCAUGUUCGAAGUCAUCCUGACUCGCAUCCGGAGCUACCUACAGGACCCCAUCUGGCGCGGCCCUCCACCCACCAACGGUGUCAUGCAUGUGGAUGAGUGCGUGGAGUUCCACCGGCUGUGGAGUGCCAUGCAGUUUGUCUACUGCAUCCCCGUGGGCACCAACGAGUUCACGGCAGAGCAGUGUUUCGGAGAUGGCUUGAAUUGGGCUGGCUGCUCCAUCAUUGUCCUGCUGGGCCAGCAGCGUCGCUUCGACUUGUUCGACUUCUGUUACCACCUGCUAAAAGUACAGAGGCAGGACGGGAAGGAUGAAAUCAUUAAGAAUGUGCCCCUGAAGAAGAUGGCAGACCGCAUCAGGAAGUACCAGAUCUUGAACAAUGAGGUGUUUGCCAUCCUGAACAAGUACAUGAAGUCUGUAGAGACGGACAGUUCCACCGUGGAGCAUGUGCGCUGCUUCCAGCCACCCAUCCACCAGUCCCUGGCCACCACCUGCUAG